GAGCGAGCUGCCCUGGCUGCGGAGGCUGGAGCGUUAGUUGCUUCUGAGCGACGGAGGAGGAAGGUCGAGGCGAGAGGAUGACGGCGGCGACGGUUUCUGCGAGGGGCCUCCAAGGGCGGCUGGGAUGGGCGCUGCUGCUGCUCUUGGCGCUCACCAGCCCUGCGGCCACUCUGGCGGGGUAUAUCGAGGCACUAGCUGCCAAUGCUGGCACAGGAUUUGCAGUGGCUGAGCCUCAGAUUGCCAUGUUUUGUGGAAAGCUGAACAUGCAUGUGAACAUUCAGACUGGAAAAUGGGAGCCUGAUACUUCUGGGACCAAAAGCUGCUUUGGAAGGAAAGAAGAGAUUUUGCAGUACUGCCAGGAGAUCUACCCAGAGCUUCAGAUCACAAAUGUUGUGGAAGCCAAUCAACCAGUCAAUAUUGAAAACUGGUGUAAAAAGGGCAAGAAACAGUGCAAGGGCCAUACCCAUAUUGUUGUGCCCUUCAAGUGUCUUGUGGGUGAGUUUGUCAGUGAUGUGCUCUUGGUUCCAGAAAAAUGCAGAUUCUUUCACAGGGAGCGGAUGGAUGUGUGUAAAAGUCACCAGUACUGGCACACUGUAGCAAAAGAAGCCUGUUUGACUGAGGGGACAAUCCUACACAGCUACGGCAUGUUGCUUCCUUGUGGAGUAGACCAGUUCCAUGGCACAGAGUAUGUAUGCUGUCCUCAGAUCAAAAUUGUGGAUGAAGCACUUUCCAAAGAGGAGGAGGAGGAGGAAGAAGAAGAGGAAGAGGAAGAAGAAGAGGAGGAUGAAGUCUAUGACAUUUACAAAAGUGAGUUGCCUACUGAGGCAGAUACAGAUGAUUUCACAACAGUAGCUGUGGAGAUGGAUGAGGAGGAGGAAGAGGAACAGGAGGAAAAUGAAGACGAAGUGGUGGUAGACCAGAAUUAUUAUUUUGAUGAUUAUAAAGAUUACAAUGAAGAGCCUCCAACAGAGCCAGGCAAUGAAAAAUCUCUCUCUCAGAAAGAAAUAAUGAGUGAUGUGAAAGCUGUCUGCUCCCAGGAGGCGAUGACAGGUCCCUGCCGGGCUGUGAUGCCUCGUUGGUACUUCGACAUGUACAAGAAAAAGUGCAUUCGCUUUAUAUAUGGAGGCUGCGGAGGCAACAGGAACAAUUUUGAGUCAGAGGAAUAUUGUAUGGCUGUGUGUAAAAAGAUGAUUCCUCCUACUCCUGUGCCUACUGAUGAUGUGGAUGUCUAUUUUGAAACACCAGCUGAUGAUAAUGAACAUGCUCGUUUCCAGAAAGCAAAAGAGCAGCUAGAGGUCCGACAUCACAACCGCAUGGACAGGGUGAAGAAGGAAUGGGAAGAAGCAGAGCGUCAAGCCAAGAAUCUCCCAAAAGCAGAGAGGCAAACUCUUACACAGAGAUUCCAAGCAAUGGUUAAAUCACUGGAGAAAGAGGCAGCCAGUGAGAAGCAACAGCUUGUGGAGACUCACCUAGCUCGGGUAGAAGCCAUGCUGGAUGACCGCCGUCGCAUUGCCCUGGAAAACUAUCUAGUGGCUCUGCAGACUGACCCACCCCGGCCUCAUCGUAUCCUCCAAGCCUUGAAGCGUUACAUCCGUGCUGAGAACAAAGAUCGCCUGCACACAAUCCGACAUUACCAGCAUGUUUUGGCUGUUGACCCAGAAAAGGCUGCACAGAUGAAAUCACAGGUGAUGACUCAUCUCCAUGUGAUUGAGGAGAGGAUGAAUCAAAGCCUGUCCCUGCUCUACAAGGUAGCUUAUGUGGCUGAAGAAAUCCAGAGUGAAAUUGAUGAGCUGCUUCAGGAGCAGAGAGCUGACAUGGACCAGUUUACAUCUUCCAUCUCUGACUCCCAAGUGGAUGUCCAUGUGAGCUCUGAGGAAAGUGAUGAAUCUCCCCUCUUUGAUGGUAAACCUUUCCGUCCAUUCCAGGUGAAAACAUUCCCUGCCUCAUCAGAAAGUGAAGAUUCUCAGCCGGAUUUGUACCAUCCAGUGAAAAAAGGGUCUGGCAUGGCCGACCUUGAUGGACUGAUUGGAGCUGAAGAGAAAGUCAUCAAUGGCAAGAACAAGUUGGAUGAGAAUGUGGUUAUUGAUGAAACCCUUGAUGUGAAAGAAAUGAUCUUCAAUCCUGAGCGUGUUGGUGGGCUGGUGGAUGAACCGGAAAAUGACAAUUCCCUUCGCGAUGACUUCAGCUUCAGUAGCAGUGCUCUCAUUGGCCUCCUAGUGAUCGCAGUUGCCAUUGCCACAGUCAUAGUCAUCAGCUUGGUGAUGCUGAGGAAGAGGCAGUAUGGAACCAUCAGCCAUGGAAUUGUAGAAGUUGACCCAAUGCUAACCCCAGAGGAACGGCAUCUGAAUAAGAUGCAGAACCAUGGCUAUGAGAACCCAACAUACAAAUAUCUGGAGCAGAUGCAGAUUUAAAGAAUGUUGAAACUGCAGUAGCCCUGAUCAGCGAAGGGUUAGGGUAGGGAGGGCCAAACGGGUCCAGUAUUUUGGAUCAACUACUGACCAACUGUUGCUUGAAGAGGACUUCAUCUUACAUUCAGAACUCCUGGAUCAUUUAAGACUUAAUUACUACUGUAGAGUUGCAAUUUCCAUUCUUUUAAAUGGGUGAGGAAAUGAUAAUAUAACAAUAUAUGAUAUAUAAACCUUAAAUGGGAAAAUGGAUCUAUUGCAGAUAUUUGAGAUGUAGUUUUUUUUUUCUUUUUUAAAGAAACUUAAUCUAAUGAGGAGAAAUACCAGUGCUGUUGUUUCGUCUGGAUAACAAGCUCUCUGUAAUAAAUGAGAAAUGUUGUUUUAUUUCUGAUACACCACUUGUAUAUUCCAAGUCAUUUCUACCAACUGCAUUGUAUAAAUGAGACACUUGUAGUUCUUUGGUCAUUCUGGCUUUUAUAUAUAAAAGCAAUGUUCCUUUUUUUUAAAAAAAAGACAUUUUGUUUUCCUGGAAGUCACUAAAAGAACAAAUUGAUUUAGGAUCAACGGGGAAUGCAAAAUCAUAAUGAUAAUGGAAACCUUAUAUAAAUUCUCAGAUGCCAGUAACUUGUGCAAUUCUGCUGCUAUGUGGCUUGGUUUUCAGAAAUCUAGACCCACUAGAUGUAUGGAGGGGAAAUGCUUCUGCCAUUUUAAGGCCUUCAUAAUGAAAUAUUAGGGCAUGGUUUGUGCAUAUUGGGAUUGUGCACCUACCUUGUUUUCUUGAACCCAGUCCCAUUGGAAGCCAUUAAGUCUAAAUUGAGACCCUCCCUGCCCAUGCCAGCUUCCUUUAGCACCUUUCCUAGUGUAAACAAAUCCCUCUUGGUUUACAUGACUCCAAGACCUGGUCCCUCCUUGUUAAAUCAGGAUCGUUACAGGUUUGGGAGUCUGUCUUCCCAAAAAAGUGGGGUUGACACUGGGGCAUGUGCACAGAACCAAAGCCACUGACAUGCCUGGGAAUAACCAAGCAUUUGGGGGAGCCAAAGAAUUAGUGUCUUUGCUCUCCAUUUCGGGUAGGGCUAGGGUGGGUAUAAGGGGGGGGAAUGCCUGAUUAUGGAGAAGUGAAGGGAAUCGGUGAGCACUGAAAUGUCAUGGGGCUUCUUCCAUUCACCGUCAUGUCUUUGUAAUGCUUGUAUAGUUGGUGUUAACGCUCACGGCUUUUUAAAAAAAAUUCUGGAGGUUCUGGUAACCUGUGGUGUAUUUCCCCCUCAUUAUUAUUUGUGACCUUUUCUUUAUCCUCCACCCCUUACCAUGUCUCUUCCCACUAUGCACAGAUUUACUUAACCUGCAAACUCCUUAGUGUGGUCUGUGGGGAAUGUAAAAAGUUGGAAACACAUCAAUAAACACUUUAACUUCCA